AACAAAAUAAUGGAAUGAUCUCAUAGCAUGGUUGUUGCUGGUGAAAAGGACGCCGUUUGGUGGAUUCGAUCUUGAUGUAAACAAACGAUAAGAAAACAUUCUCAUUGCGUUAACAAAAAGAGACUGCACUGGGUUUCCUUUUGAUUUCGCACUGCUGCAUGAUUGAUAAUAGAAAGAAAGAUGGAUAAGGAUCGCGACGACAAAAGCCAAGUGGAAAUUGGCGGACAUGAAAUCUCAAAAGAAAGACUCAGUGUAGACGAAUUUCUCGAUCGAGUUGGGCAGUGUGGGUUCUAUCAAAUCCGAACUCAGUUAAUUUUCUUGUUAUUCAUGCUGCCUCUCACCUAUCAGGUCAUGAUAAUGUACUUUGUUGCUGAUAACCCUCCUUGGUUCUGCAAAAAUGGAAGCAAAGAAUGUCAUAUGAAAGGGCUCAUUGCAUCACACGACAGCAAAAUGUUCCAGAAGCGAUGCAAAUUGAGGCAGGGUUCUUGGGAGUAUUCUAAACCAAAAAACUACUCUAUAGUCACUGAGUUCAACUUAGUAUGCCAGAAAGAGGUUAUUGUCUAUACUGCGAACAGCAUUUUGUUCCUUGGUUGGACCGUGGGCGGAUUUGUUUUGCCGUACCUUUCCGACCGAUUCGGGCGUAAAACAGUACUGUUCCCGGCAGCAUUCGUCAUCAUUAUUUGCGGAUUCUUAAGUUCCUUUGUUCAUGACAUGUGGAUUUUCAUCUUGCUCCGCCUAAUAAUCGGAUUUUGUCAGGCAGGCAGCGUGAACAUAUUUGUGAUUGCAACAGAAAUCGUUGGACCUUAUUACCGAUCAAUCUCUGGCACAUUUAUAUGGUUUUACUUUACAUGUGCACUUUUGUUGAUGACGCUGAAGGCGUAUUAUCUGCAGAACUGGAGGAACUUAGAAAUCAUCUGCUCACUGCCAUUUGCUGUGAUCAUGUUGUCUUGGAGAUAUGUUCCUGAAUCAGUGAGAUGGCUGAGAAUGAAAGGUAGACUCGACGAAGCAAUGCAAGUGCUUAAAGAGAUUGCCCGUGCAAAUAAAAGAGACAUUUCUAACAUGGAGAUCAUUCCAGUCGAGAACAAUUUCAACUCCAAAUCAACAAUUGCAGAUUUGUUUCGCUCGCCAGUUCUUGCUCUUUACACUGCGAUUCAAAUUUUUGCCUGGCUUGUGAGUGGCAUAACAUUCUACGGCGUAUCGUUAGCCUCGAGCGACUUGGGAGGCGAUCUUUAUGUUGACUUCAUUCUUACUUCAAUCGUCGAAAUUCCUGCCAACAUACUGGUUAUUAUCUUCACCAACAAGUGUGGAAGACGUCUCACUACAGUUAUCAACAUAUUUUUGGCAGGAUUUGCUUGCAUAGGUGUCGCUGCUGUGCCUUCAGGCGUGAUCAGCAAAGGCCUUAAGUUUGCAAAAGUUGGAUUGGGAAUGCUUGGAAAGUUUGCCGUCACCCUUUACUUCAAUGCGUUCUACGUGUGGUCAGCGGAGCUCAAUGCCACCGUCGUUCGAGCUCAAGCUGUUGGGAUCUUAAUAGCAGCCAGCCGUGUGGGUGCGGCGAUGUCUCCGUUCGUAAUGACUGGUUUGAAAUACGUGAAUGCAUCACUGCCGUUUGCAUUAAUUGGGAUUCUCAAUUUACUCGCUGGUUGUUUUUGUUUGUAUUUAAGAGAGACUAAAGGUAUCGAAGUUCCUGAUACAAUCGAAGACUGUUUGAAGCUACUGCACCAGGGGGGAAAGAAUCCCUCAGGGGAGAAUAAAUCGGUUUCCAUAGACAGCAUGCCCUGCUUAGAUUUAAAGAGUCGCUUAGGAAGUCAUUGAUUGGAUCGAGGGUUCAAAGUAUUGUACAUUGGAAAAAUAUUAUUUGGAAAUUCGUUUUAAACCGCAAAUGCUAAUGAUAAUCCAUUUUUGUCUUGGGAUAUGGAGUGUCAUAAACGAAGCCAUUUAACUGCUUAGCAGGAGGGCUUUUGCAUGGAUUUGCCAUCUGAGUAAUUGGUUACCCGAAGCAAUUGUUAAUGCUAAAUGCUAGGAAAUUGCUUUUCCUCUAAUUCAUUUUUAAAGGGUUCUAGGAGAGGGUUCUAGGAAUGACACUGUUCUAUGGACCAAAAUUCAUUUUAUAAAAGGAAGAAGCUCCAGUUUCAGAGAGAUCAAGCAAUGAAUUGGAACUGGUCGCAGGCAGAAACACACGCUUACAUGUAGCACGAUCGAUGACAAGAUGUCUUUUAUUGAUAAAGAGCACAUUAUGAUGUAUCGUUUUAUCUUGUAUUUUAUUUGAUUGCGCGAAGUAAAAUCAAUCAAAAAUACCGAAAACUGAAAGCAAUAAGACAACAAGCAAGCAAGCAAAUCAACCGAACAGGAGAUAACUUCAGUAAUUAGCUUUGAUUUGAUGACCUUAAUAGUACUAACCCUAAUUUCAUUUUUUUGGACUAACCCUACAACUGUUAAAACUGACAACUCGAGAUAUUACAAAAUAUAAAUUCAAAAGUAAAUUUUCAACAAGCAACUUUGCAAGUACUAUACACGAGUUGUAUUUUUAUUUUUUCUUAUACCAUGCAGAACGAUAUUACUUUACGAAAUUGUUGGCAACGUGACAAAGGUAAAUGCCGUGAUACAAGCAGAGCAUCGUGACAGUUUGCAAUUCACCACGUGAGGAUUUUGAUACCACUUAUGCCAAAUUGAUAUCUUUUUGGCGUUGUUAAAAUUCCACCCAUUCGUUGCAUUUUGCAAUUAAAGCUAGCUACCUUUUAAAAAGUUAUUUUUAGAGGUGGCGUUGUCUGCGUUGACAUCCAUCAAAAAUCUCUAAAUAUUUUUCGAACAGAACAGCAAAUGAGAACACUUUGAUUGAGGAAUAUUUUGUGAAUACUGACCAUUUUAAUUUCACUUCAUUGGACUAAAUGUCAGAUAGCGCCGUCAUCUUUAGGUUUAAGCUUCACAUUCGCUCAAUGAUCCUUCUAUGAUCCCUCGUAACGAGGAAACGUGAUAGUGUAAAGCUCCUUUCAGAUUGUAAGCCUCCCAUGCAACUUGUAAAUAACUGUAUUUCGUCGUAAAAAAAUUGUAAUUCGCCAGUCAACAUUAUUGUAGCAGAAUAAUCAUAUAUUCUUCAUUUGAUUUAUUUCCGAGCUUUGUUUAUAGAAAUCGUUGUGUCAGUGCUUAAAUCCAAUCUAAAGUGUGUUACUGAAUUGAUUUUUGCAUAGCUUGUCAAAUGAUAUUUUAAUAGACGAUGUUGUGUCUUAAGCUUGUAAUCUUGUUUAAAUGUCACAAAGAAACUGCUUAUUGAACAAUUUUUAAAGGGACAAAAUUUCGCUUGUACCCAACAUAGCUAGAAGAAUGUCAGACUGCCACUGGUGAUACUUUGACUGGAAGAAAUAGACAUACGCAAGUCAGGAUUAGGAUUUUAAGAUCUGUAAAAGUUCAACAAAGCUCCUUUGUGGGAUUCAAAUACGAUCUGCAUCAACAGAUUUUAUUGCCAACAGGGAUAACUUUUAGAUUCAUUCAAAAAACUGGCCUAGAUGUUGGGACUGAGCAGGGCUUUAUAGAAAACAGGCCUAAUAGAAAACAGGGGCCAAAUUGCAGGCAACAUCAGUGACAACUUUCUAGCACCAUUUUCACUCUUCAAUUAACUUGAAAGUAACAAAAUCCAAGCAUCAAAACCUUGAAAUUAAUUUUGUAAAUACAAAUUAUUGUAUUCCUGUACAGUUUUCAGGUGAAAAUGUCUAUCUAUACAUGUCAUAUUUGGAUAAGAAAAGGCAAAGACAAUUAAUGUAAAUUAAAGGUGCAUUUAUUCCAAAAUUUAUCACCAUUCAAGGCAUAAAGGAUCCUUCACACAAUGUUUAAAAAAAGGGCUGGUCCAAGAGGUUGGUCAAAUCUGGGAUCAGUAGCACAAGUUAAGGUGAACAAAGGGGCAUGUAAGCAAAUGCAGGGUUGAAUCUGGGUUUACUUUUUAUAACCCAAGUAUGUUAAUAUUGAAUCAUCUGUACACAUGUUAUCAUACAGUUGACACAAUUUUAAUGGUUCCAAGUAUUAUUAUUCCUGAUAAACUUCCCAAAACUGAAAACAAAAGCAAAAAAACAAAACUUUUGCUUUUGCUAAAAAACCGUUCUUUUAACACAUGGGGUUUAAUGUCAAACAACCAAAGUUUCCUGAAAAGCAACUAAAUACUGUGAGAUGUUGUGAGAUAUGAAUUUUAUAUUGACCAAUAAAAAUUGUUUUGGAAUAAACUUGAACAUCUUUGAAAGAUAAGAGAAAAUGAAAAGAUCAAUGAAAACUGUUUGGAUGAUAAUUUAUCAAAAUUACAUGGCCCUUCUAUAUUUUUUGACAGAUUAACAACUAUAAACCUUAGUUAGGCUAAUUCUGAAUUGCAAAUGUUCAAAAGUUCUUUAUGUUCUGCUUUGCUUGAUGAGAAUUCCUUUGUUUCAGCCAAUGAAAUUCAUCACAACCAAA